AUCUCUAUAUCUCCAUCUAUAUAUCUAUAUUGCAAGAUCAAUCUACUACAAAAAAAGGUUUUUUUUUUUCUUUUUUUUCAAGAAUCUUUCUAUGGAAUACACAAGCUUGGUUAACACUUCUUUGGAUCUUAAUACAAAUCCAGCCCACUUCCUCUCUCUUGUUCCUAAACAAGAAGCUCAAAGCAACUUCAUUGAGCUUGGAUUGAAGGUGUCAUCUGUUGUGAAGGAUGAGCAAACAGCUAGUGCUUUGGUGGAAGAAUUGAAUAGGGUGUGUGAAGAAAACAAGAAACUUACUGAGAUGUUGACUGUCAUGUGUGAGAACUACAAUGCUUUGCAUAAACAUUUGGCUGAGUAUAAGAACAAUAAUCCGGCACCAUCUGAUAGCACCAACAACUCCAAGAAACGGAAGCCGGAAAACCCGAGUAAUCAGAUUAUCAACAAUGAGAGAGGAGCUUCUGAAAGCAGUUCAAGUGAUGAAGAUUCUUGUAAGAAACCUAGACAAGAACAAGGCAUGAAAGCCAAGAUUGAAAGGGUUUGUUAUCGUACCGAAGCUUCCGAUACCGGCCUCUUGGUGAAGGAUGGAUAUCAAUGGAGGAAAUAUGGGCAAAAGGUCACAAGAGAUAACCCUUCUCCUAGAGCUUAUUUCAAAUGCUCUCAUGCUCCAAGCUGCCCAGUCAAAAAGAAGGUUCAAAGAGAUGUCGCGGAUCAAUCAAUCUUGGUGGCAACUUAUGAAGGAGAGCACAACCAUCCAAACCAAUCAAAACAAGAGCAAGCGAGCUCAGGCCUAAACCGAACGGUUGCAACCACAACCCUCGGUUCAGUCCCAUGCUCGGCUUCACUCGGUUCAUCAGGACCCACCAUCACUCUUGACCUAACCACCCCACCAAAACCACAGCCUAACCCUUGUGACGAAGCCAAGGUCGUUGGUGGUAACCGAUCACCUGAAUUCCAACAGUUUUUGGUAGAUCAAAUGGCAUCUUCAUUGACAAAAGAUCCAAGCUUCAAAGCAGCAUUAGCAGCGGCUAUUUCGGGAAGAAUGAUUCAACAAAAUCAGUCACAAAAAUGGUAGCUAGCUAGAUGAGAUCAUGGAUGAUGUAUAUAUCACAUGGUUAAAGAAAACAAAUUUGGAAAGUGGUCUAGUGGUAGGAAGCUUCAAGGUGUUUGAUAGUUUAGGAAGUUGUGGUGGGUUGGUUUGCUUCCAAAUUUAAUGGGAUUUGGUUCGAACAAAGAGAUCAUAUUGGCCCAUACCAAAACCCUUUCACGUGGAAAAUUAUCCAUUGUGACCAUUUACGUGGUCCAAUCUGUCUAUAGAUUCAAAGUGGUCCUUCAAUUUAAUAUACACAAUUUAUUGUGCAACACUUUCACAUGCUUUCUUUUUCAAAUUAAACAAUGCAUUUCUCUCGA